AUCCGUUAAAAAACAGGCGCUACAAGUCGAUCGUACAUACACAAUUUUCAAACACAAAGACUGCACCUCGCAUUCGAAAAACACCAGUUGAGUCCAUCAGCAUCAAUGGAACUCACAGAAGAACAACUAAAACAAAUCGAAGCGAAUCGCAUUGCCGCAUUAGCAAAACGAAAAGCUUUCUUAGAAUCCACUUCUCAACAACCUCAACGAAACCCUUGGCACCUUUUCAAAUGCCAAAAAAUCUCUCAACCCCAACCCCUUCAACCCAAACCCCAACUCAUUCAACCUAAUCCCCAACCCGAUAUCAAAUUCCUCGCAAGGCUCGAAGUUUGUUCUCCCGAUUCCUUCACAAUUACCCCUCUCCCUCUCCCCAAUUUCCGUUUUCCAACCUUCGGUACUUGCUUCCAAAUCCUCAACAACAUUCUCUCCCAAGUGGAUGUGGAUCCGUCGCAUUUUACUCAGACGAGUGAUGGCGGGAAAGCCUGCGUGCUCAAAUUGGCGGACUACCGUACUGUUUUGAAGCAGUUAAAGGCGGGGGUUGAGGUGGAGGAGAUUCCUUGGACCACUUUUAAUGUUGUUGAGAAGCUUUCUCGUUCCGUGGGGAGGUGGACUCCGGUGAGGCCUGAGCAUUUGAGUGAUGAGGUAGUUGAUGAUUUGAUUAGGAAGUUGCCUAAGAGUUUAGUUGAUGUGUUGUUGCCGUUUCAAAUGGAUGGUUUGAGGUUUGCUCUUAGGAGAGGUGGUCGCUGUCUCAUUGCUGAUGAAAUGGGACUUGGGAAGACAUUGCAGGCUAUUGCUAUUGCAGGAUGUUUCAUGGAUGAAGGAGCUAUACUUGUUGUUUGCCCUGCUGUUUUGCGGUAUUCAUGGGCUGAAGAAAUUGAGCGCUGGUUUCCUUCCUGCCUGCCUACCGAUAUUCAUCUCGUUUUUGGCCACCAAGACAACCCUGUAUAUCUAACCAGAUGCCCUAGAGUUGUGGUUAUUUCUUAUACCAUGCUUCAUCGUCUAAGGAAGAGCAUGCUUGAGCGUAAGUGGGCUCUUAUGAUUGUUGAUGAAUCUCAUCACGUGCGUCCUUCAAAAAAAACCUCAGAACCCGGAGAGAUAAAGGCUGUUCUUGACGUGGCUUCGGAAGUCAAGCGUAUAAUUCUGCUAUCAGGGACACCUUCUUUGUCAAGACCGUUUGACAUAUUUCAUCAGAUAAAUAUGUUAUGGCCGGGUUUGCUGGGGAUAACCAAAUAUGAGUUUGCAAAAACUUAUUGUAAUCUCAAAUAUAUCAAGGGUGUCCAAGGAAAAUAUUUUGCGGAUUAUUCGAAGGGCAUUCGCUUGGAGGAGUUGAAUGUGUUACUAAAGCAAACUGUUAUGAUAAGGCGCCUCAAGGAACAAGUGUUGCAACAGUUACCUCCAAAACGAAGGCAGAUUAUAAGAAUGUCGCUAAAGAGAUCAGAUAUAGUUUCCGCGAAAACUGCAGUUGGAGUAAUGAAAAUUGAUGACUCUGAAAAUGCUAGUGAAGAUAUGCCUUUGGAAAGUUUUGACGAACAUGAUGGGAAGCUUACUAAUCAAGAACUUGGAAUUGCAAAGCUAUCUGGGUUUUGUGAAUGGCUUUCCUUCCAUCCACUCAUUGCAGGAUCAGAUAAUGCUCCAAAGAUGAUAAUUUUUGCUCAUCACCACAAAGUUCUUGAUGGAGUACAGGAGUUUAUAUGUGAGAAAGGAGUAGGUUUUGUGCGAAUAGAUGGACUUACACUACCCAGAGAUAGACAGUCUGCAGUAAUCUCAUUUCGAUCAUCACCAGAGGUUAAAAUUGCGAUAAUAGGUGUUCUAGCAGCAGGUUUUGGAGUUGAUUUCUCAACAGCACAGGAUGUUGUCUUUUUGGAGCUACCUCAGUGCCCAACAGUGAUGCUUCAGGCUGAGGACAGAGCUCAUCGACGGGGGCAAACAAAUGCAGUUAACAUAUACAUAUUCUGUGCAAAGGAUACUUCGGAUGAAUCACAUUGGAAAUAUUUGAACAAAAGUUUACAUCGCGUUUCAUCUACAACAGAUGGCAAAUAUGAUGCCGUGAAGGAGAUAGAGGUUGAAGGUGUUUCUUAUUUAGACCCAUCCUUGAAAAUUGACAGACCUAAAAAACAAUCUGCAUCCAAAGAUGCAUCAGCUGAAACACAUUUAGAUAGACAACCCUCUGCAGUGAAGUCAAAUGAAACAGAAGCAAAUCAAGAAGAUGAAUCUGGUCUUGUAAACAACAUAUCUCAGGAUGCUAAUAUUAUGGUUGAUAGUGUCUCCUUCCUAGAUUUAUGCAACGCUUCAGUUUUGGAUGGAAAUCUUGAUGUAGAUGCUUUUAAUGCUAAGGAUAGAUGUUCUGAAGAGAGUUCCGAGGACAAAGAUAAAGUAAUAGAGGAUAAGAAAUCAACUUUAACAACAGACGCAGAUGAUGACCAGCCCUCUCAUCCUGUUGAAGCUGAAGUAAAGUGCUCUCAUCAAGUUAAUUCUCUGCGGUUUGAGGUGAGCCCAUACACCGGAAGGAUCCACCUCUAUACUUGUGUUUUGGGUAAAGAUGCAAGACCACAGCCACUUUAUGAAAAUUUCCGACCAGAAGACCUUGAGCUGCUGAGUCCUGCUGAUGAUGAUGAGAAAAAGGGUAUAGAGUUUGCAUCUGUCAAAGAUAACCCUGCGUAUAGGACUGCUCUUCUGGAUUUUGCAAAUGAGUGGAAGAGUUUAAGAUCAAUUGAACGCAAUAAGUUACUUGGAAAACCAUUACAACUUCCUUUGGCUGUCGAACUGUGCUGCUUAAAUGAAAGUAAUAGUCACAACAAGAAGGGAUUAAUAAAUGGUGGAAGCAAACGGCGCAUGACUCCUUUAGUUGACAUCAGCUAUCCCUUACCAUCAGAUGCUGUUUGGAAACAGGUUUGUCUUCGAAGCGGUUGUGGUAAGAAGGAAAAAGAAUACACUCAAGGCUGGAGUCCGAAAGACGAGCCUCUUUGUAAGCUUUGUCAAAAGCAAUGCAUGGGUAAUAAUGCCAAGACACCUGAAUAUUUUGAAGAUCUUUUUUGUAACCUUGUCUGCUAUCAAGAGUAUCGCAUGAGAACUAGCAACAGAUUCAUCCGUCAGGAACUUUUCAAUAUUGAGCAAGGUGUAUGCACAAAUUGCCAAUUGGACUGUCAUAAGCUUGUCGUGCACAUAAGACCUCUGUCCUUGGAAAAACGACGGGGGUACAUUGAAAAAUCAGCACCAAAUAUUGCAAAGCGAAGGAAGAUGUUUGAAAAGCUUGCCAAAGAUCCAAGUGAAGGAAAUGCAUGGCAUGCUGAUCACAUUGUUCCAGUAUAUAAAGGCGGAGGUGAAUGCAAACUUGAGAAUUUGAGAACUCUUUGUGUGGCCUGCCAUCAUGAUGUUACUGCCGAACAAUGUGCUGAACGGCGCAUUAUAAGAGCAGAUGCCCGGAAACAACUAAAAGCAUUGAUGGAUACCAUGAAAAAUAAUAUGAAGGGUGCUGCUGGGACUAAUAUUGAGGACCAACUGCUUCACGGGGAACAAGAAAAUAUGCAUGAGGAUGAUAUUUUAGUCCAGGUUCCUGGAAGUGCUUAUGCGGUAGCAAAUUAUCAAGAAAGCGGAGAUGCAGCCUGUUAAGAACCAAGGACAGCUACUGAAGAUCUUUAUCGUUCAGCCGAGUUUGUUGUAAAAAUCGGUGAUAGCCAGCAUCACAUGGUGCAAUUUUAACAACCUGGAAGUGGUUGUCCAUGGUAUAGCGUUCUUAGCAAGAUCAUCCUUAUUGUUCAUCCUUAUUUUAUUGCGACAGAACGUUCCAUUUUGACUGAGCAGCCUAACAAGCAGAUUCCUUGAGGAAAUUCUUUUGAAGAGUGGUGGUUUGCCUAGUUGGAAAGCCAGCAGCAACCAUGAUGUAAAUUUAGAUAAGGCCCUUAAGCCUUUAAGCCUGAGAUUAAGAUGACUAUGGCAGUGUAGUGGCACACUUUGGGGUCAUCCAUGUUAAACAUUAUUUUACAUAGAUUAAAAAUAUGAUAAAUGUGAAAGGGAAGUGUAAAUUUACCAAAUAAAGUCAUUUUAACUAUUGCUGUGAGAAAUGAUUGUUUAGACUAUUAA